UGAUUGCGCGUACCGCCAUAUUGUGGCCGUACAGUUACGCGUCCUUGUGUAACGCUCAGACUGUGAAUUGUUUUAUGAGUGUAAUUGCUAUUAGUUACGUUAAAAGUGUUAGUUUUUAUUGAUAUAAGUGAAAAUGCAGACCGGCAGCGGGGCUAAAAACCCGCCAUGGGCGCGAUCAAACGUGAAUACAAACAUGACCGGCAUGAACACGCAAAUCAUGGACCCUAACUCGAUGAUGACACAACAGGGUAUGAUGCCAUUCCAACAAACUCCGGCUGUGUUUAACCCGAGUAUGAUGCAAGCUCAGAGUGGCAUGUCCAUGCCAAUGGCAGGGCAAAUGCAAAUGAACCAAAUGACUCAAGGUCAAAUGUAUCCGGGCAAUGUUGUUGCGUACCCGACACCACGUGCUAUGAACCCGGGAAUGUAUCAAAACAGCUCAUCGGGCGGAACGGCCCCUUCCAGCGAACAGAGGGUGUUUACAGGAACUGUAACAAAGACUCAUAACGACUUCGGAUUUGUCGAUCACGAUGUCUUCUAUCAAACUUCCGUGUGCGCUAAGGGCAUCAUCCCAAAAGUAAACGAUAGAGUUCUGGUGGAGGCAAACUACAACCCUAACAUGCCGUUUAAAUGGAACGCGACCAGAGUACAGGUGCUGCCUAAAAACGGGCCUGGUAACCAGAAACAGAACACCCCUAAAAGCAACAACUAUAAUGCUGUACCACCACCUUCGGGCGAUAGACCGUCUAACAGGAAGGACCGUAUGCAGAGAGCCCGAGACAACAGAGAAGCCAGAGAGAGAGAUAACAGGAAACGCUCAAGAACCAGAAGCCGCUCACGCUCGAGAAACAUCCAUGACAACAGGGUGAGCAGGAGAGACUCACCGCCCCGCAAGCGCCCUGUGAUUCACCAACCUUCUCCAGUCAAAUAUGUAGUCAGGGUGCCACGUAUGCCAUUGGACAUUGAGAAGCUAGAUGUCCCAGCGCUGUCUCAAAGGUACACUAACAUGUAUGUGCCGUCUGACUUCUUCAACGCCCAAGUGAAAUGGGGCGAGACAUUCCCGCCGCAGUCUCCACUAUCGCUCAACAACCCGUGUCAGUACUACGUCAUGAACAAGGAUAUCGAAAAUCCCCUUGGUAAUGACGCUAUUUUGGAACCUCCUGAUGCUGAUUACAGAUUUUCGGCAAAGGUGAUGCUGAUCAGCAUGCCAACACUGGAAUCACUUUACCAGAAAUGUGGGCUGACUAAAGUAGAUGAGAAAGACAAACGCUCCAAUUCCAAAACUCCCUUGCACCCUACCCGUUUGAUCAAGUUCCUUGUUGGCCAGAAAGGAAAAGGUGGUGAAAAUUUUGCUAUAGGUGGACCAUGGAGUCCUUCUCUGGAUGGCGAGAACCCUCAAACUGAUCCUAGCGUUCUGGUCAAAACCGCCAUACGCACAUGCAAGGCUCUGACUGGAAUUGAUUUGUCUAACUGCACCCAAUGGUACCGAAUGGUGGAGUUUUACUACUGGCGCGAGGGCAGCAACGGCAAGUCGCGGCUCGAGUGUGUGGUGUUGUUCCUGCCCGACGUGUGGUCGGCGCAGCCUUCGCGUAUCGAGUGGGCCAACGUUCAGGAGACAUAUAAGACCGCCUGCGACAACGCGAUAAGGAACCUCGACAUCGCGGCGGCGGAGCUGGCGGCGGCGCCGAAGCCCGCAGGCGCCGAGUCGGCCGAGCCUGCUCCUGCGCCCGCGGCCGCACCCGCCGCCGAGGCUGCGCCAGCGGACAAAUCCAAAAUUGAUACGCCAAGCCAUGAUGACAGUACUAUAACCAUAGAUGAGAAUGAUGAUGAUGAGGACAGACCUGAGCCGACACAUUACUCCAAGAUCGAUUUGAGGACCAUUAAAGUUGACCAACUGCGCCAAGAGCUGAGAGCUCGUAAUGUCAGCUGCAAAGGCCUGCGUGCUCAACUGGUGUCCCGUCUUUCUAAACUGGUCAAGCAAGAAGAAGAAAAAGAAACCAAAGGCGACGAGGUUGAAGUCUUAGACGACGACGCAGAACCUGAAAACAAGGAUAAGCCUAAACAAGACGAUUCCAUCGAGAUAACCGAUGACAAGGAUGAGACGCCUAAAGUAGAAAAGGAAGAAAAAAAAGAGGAAAAGACAGAGAAAAAGGAGGAAAAAGAGAAAAAACCUCCACAAAAGUCUGAGAAAGAAAUUGAACAGGAAUUGAAAAGGCUAGAGAAAGAAAGGCAGACGCUAAAGUCGCGCUACGAAGUGCCGAACUCGCCCCACAUUCUCGUGCACCCGUCGGCGACGGCCAAGGGCGGCAAGUUCACCUGCAACAUCGCCACGCUGUCGUUCCUGCUCGACUACCGCAUCACCGACAACAAGGAGCACAGCUUUGAGCUGUUUGUGUUUGCUGAACUGUUGAACGAGAUGCUUAUGCGGGAUUUCGGCUUCUACAUUUACAAAACGCUCUACACUUUGCCCGAAAAGAUUGAGGAAGUAAAGGAAGUCAAAGAAAAAGAGUCUAAAGAAGCAGUUAAAGACGAAAAAAGCGCUGACAAAGCCGACAAAAAGGAUGACAAAAAAGAAGACGAGAAGAAAGAUGACAAAAAGGAAGAUAAAAAAGAAGACAAAAAAGAGGAUAAGAAGGAGGAAAAGGACAAAAAAGACGAUCGGCGAGAUGACAAACGUGAAGUUUCACGGCGGCGGGACCGACGGGGCUCGGACAGCGAGGACGAGCGCAGCAGCCCGCCGCGGCGCCGCGGGCGCGGCGUGGAGCUGCCGCCCGACCCCUACCUGCUGCUGUCGCUCGUGUACUUCGACACGGCGCGCGGCGGACACGUCACCAAGAAGGACCUGCAGAACCUCUUCAUGAGCUUGGGGCUCCAGUUGUCGCGCUCGCAGAUACGCAGCGUGCUCGAGAAAGUCUGCAUCAAGGACUCUUUCAGUUACAAGAGCCUCAUCCAAUCCAUCAAGGAUCUCGUGGCCGGCUCACAUGAGGCGUUGCAGGAUCUGCCGCUCGAUAACGCGGUCGUUCCUCAAGAGGUGCCCCCUCACAUCGCCGAACUAGAGGCCGCUAUUGCAGCGGGUAAUCGAGAGCUGCUGCCGGUCUUCAACAGACCCACUGAAGGCGAACCCUCCUCUAACGAAACUAAAGACAUUAGCGAUAAAGGCGUGGUGGUGUACAAGUCGCGCGUGGUGGACGUGGGCGCGCUGGUGGCGGCGGAGGCGCGCAACGCGGCGACGCGCGCGCGCCUCGAGGCCGCGCUCGAGGACACGCGCGCCCAGCUGCGGAGCGCGCGCCAGGCCGCCGUGUCGCGCCAGCAGGCCGAGCGCGGCGCCACCGCGCAGCUCGGCGAGAUCAGCGACCAGCUCGCCGCCGCCCGCGCGCGCGUCACCUCGCUGCAGGUACCUAGCCUACACUAUAUACAGCUGCGGAGCGCGCGCCAGGCCGCCGUGUCGCGCCAGCAGGCCGAGCGCGGCGCCACCGCGCAGCUCGGCGAGAUCAGCGACCAGCUCGCCGCCGCCCGCGCGCGCGUCACCUCGCUGCAGGUACCUAGCCUACACUAUAUACAGCUGCGGAGCGCGCGCCAGGCCGCCGUGUCGCGCCAGCAGGCCGAGCGCGGCGCCACCGCGCAGCUCGGCGAGAUCAGCGACCAGCUCGCCGCCGCCCGCGCGCGCGUCACCUCGCUGCAGGUACCUAGCCUACACUAUAUACAGCUGCGGAGCGCGCGCCAGGCCGCCGUGUCGCGCCAGCAGGCCGAGCGCGGCGCCACCGCGCAGCUCGGCGAGAUCAGCGACCAGCUCGCCGCCGCCCGCGCGCGCGUCACCUCGCUGCAGGUACCUAGCCUACACUAUAUACAGCUGCGGAGCGCGCGCCAGGCCGCCGUGUCGCGCCAGCAGGCCGAGCGCGGCGCCACCGCGCAGCUCGGCGAGAUCAGCGACCAGCUCGCCGCCGCCCGCGCGCGCGUCACCUCGCUGCAGGUACCUAGCCUACACUAUAUACAGCUGCGGAGCGCGCGCCAGGCCGCCGUGUCGCGCCAGCAGGCCGAGCGCGGCGCCACCGCGCAGCUCGGCGAGAUCAGCGACCAGCUCGCCGCCGCCCGCGCGCGCGUCACCUCGCUGCAGGUACCUAGCCUACACUAUAUACAGCUGCGGAGCGCGCGCCAGGCCGCCGUGUCGCGCCAGCAGGCCGAGCGCGGCGCCACCGCGCAGCUCGGCGAGAUCAGCGACCAGCUCGCCGCCGCCCGCGCGCGCGUCACCUCGCUGCAGGUACCUAGCCUACACUAUAUACAGCUGCGGAGCGCGCGCCAGGCCGCCGUGUCGCGCCAGCAGGCCGAGCGCGGCGCCACCGCGCAGCUCGGCGAGAUCAGCGACCAGCUCGCCGCCGCCCGCGCGCGCGUCACCUCGCUGCAGGUACCUAGCCUACACUAUAUACAGCUGCGGAGCGCGCGCCAGGCCGCCGUGUCGCGCCAGCAGGCCGAGCGCGGCGCCACCGCGCAGCUCGGCGAGAUCAGCGACCAGCUCGCCGCCGCCCGCGCGCGCGUCACCUCGCUGCAGGUACCUAGCCUACACUAUAUACAGCUGCGGAGCGCGCGCCAGGCCGCCGUGUCGCGCCAGCAGGCCGAGCGCGGCGCCACCGCGCAGCUCGGCGAGAUCAGCGACCAGCUCGCCGCCGCCCGCGCGCGCGUCACCUCGCUGCAGGUACCUAGCCUACACUAUAUACAGCUGCGGAGCGCGCGCCAGGCCGCCGUGUCGCGCCAGCAGGCCGAGCGCGGCGCCACCGCGCAGCUCGGCGAGAUCAGCGACCAGCUCGCCGCCGCCCGCGCGCGCGUCACCUCGCUGCAGGUACCUAGCCUACACUAUAUACAGCUGCGGAGCGCGCGCCAGGCCGCCGUGUCGCGCCAGCAGGCCGAGCGCGGCGCCACCGCGCAGCUCGGCGAGAUCAGCGACCAGCUCGCCGCCGCCCGCGCGCGCGUCACCUCGCUGCAGGUACCUAGCCUACACUAUAUACAGCUGCGGAGCGCGCGCCAGGCCGCCGUGUCGCGCCAGCAGGCCGAGCGCGGCGCCACCGCGCAGCUCGGCGAGAUCAGCGACCAGCUCGCCGCCGCCCGCGCGCGCGUCACCUCGCUGCAGGCCAGCUCCAAGAUUUUCCAUUCCGCCUUGAAGAGCAUCCAGUCUAAAGUAGAAGCCGUCGUGAACAUCAAGUACGAGGACGACGACGUCGUCGAAGUUGUGAACGGACCCUCAAAGUUUGAAAAAAUGCCAAAGAAAGAAGAAAUUACUAAACAAGAAGAGCCAGAUACGAAAUCAACUAAAGAAGAAGAAGAAAUUCCCACAAGUACGGAAAUUGACUCUUCAAGCCAAGAAAAAGAUACUAGUGACAUCAUUGCUACAGAGAACAUGGAUAUUGAUGAUAAGGAAUAAACCACUUAUUACACUUAGAUUGUAUGUAUAAUUUGACAUUAUAAACUAAGCUUAGCAUUUUACAAUAGUCGCGUGAAUGCAAGUCGUAAAUAAUGAACUUGUGAAUGUUUAAAUAUUUUUACUUGUAUACCAAUAAAGGGUAUAAAAAAAUAGAAAUAUUUAACUUUAUAUAAUUCAGAAAGCCUACAGUAAUUAAAGACUACCUACAUAAAGCUUAAUUUAUGUACAUCAUAAUAGCAAUAAAAUUAAUUUCAAGCGGAAAAA